AUGGCUCUAGUGUCUUAUUUGAAUGCAUAUCGUACUCGAAAAGAACUCAAUCUAGUCAAAUUCAUUCGAUAUCGAGUGAAGAAGGAAAAACUUCUUCGUGUGAUAGAUAAGAGUGGUAUUUUUCGUAUCGGUCACAAAAAUGAUUAUGAACAGAAAGCUGAAGGUUAUCGACAAAAAACUGGUGCUUAUAUGGAACUAGAAACGAAUCCAUCACCGAUAGCAUAUGAUAAAGUCGUUCAUUUACUUAAUCAACUACGUUCAAAGAAACAUAUCGAAGCAUGGCAAUUGAAUAAAAUGAUGCCAAAGCGAGAAGAUGUGGAAUUAUUUAUUUUAAUUUAUCUCGAAAAAAUUUCGAAGAUAGGUUUUUCAGCGGAUCUUUGGAAAACCUCUUCAUAUCUCUGGAACCUCACGUAA